AUGUCGGGCUCCACGCUGCGUCUGUACCGCCACAUCCUCAAGGCGGCGAAGACGUUCCCGAGCAAGAACCGCGCGGGUCUCAUCGAGGAGAUCAAGACGGAGUUCAGGGAGAACGCGGGAGCGACGGACGCUGGUGACGUGCAGAAGAAACUCGCGCUCGCGAGGGACGGACUGGAUCGCAUGCGCGCGUUCACCGGUUUGGAUCAGGGCGCGAGCAAGUGGGACGUAUCGCUGAAGGGACCAUACGACGGGACGUGA